AUGGCUUCCAAGCUGGAAAAGCGUGUUAUCACGCCAGGCAACGGUUCUGACUUUCCCAAACGCGGUGAUACGGUCACGAUGGACUAUACUGGUUGGCUAUACGAUCCAGCUCAAGCUGCAAAUGACUACAAGGGCAGACAAUUUGACAGCUCGGUCGGACGUGCAGACUUCAUAGUCCAGAUCGGCAUUGGACGGGUGAUUCCAGGUUGGGAUCAGGGCGUACCUACGAUGUCCUUGGGUGAGAAAAGCACUUUGACCAUUCCAGGUGAUGUACAUCUCAAAGCCAUCGGCAACAAAUCGAUUUGA